GACUACUGGGCAUCGAAGAACGGGCCACCCAUCUUGGACGAGUCACAGGACUGGAAGCUGCUGGCCGGCCGUCAGAACGACACACACACCAUGAUCCGGGUCCGGCGGCCCAUCACACCCAACACGCCGGACGACAUCAAUGUUUUCGACUUCCCAACAUGGGUGUUAUGGGCGUGGCACCCGCACGACCCCGGGGAGGACCUGCACCCGGAGUACCACCACAAUAACCGGGGUGCCCGUCGCCUCUGCCUGCUGAGGCUCGACUGCUGGCCGCCUCCCCGUCCGGACUCCGCCGCCGCCGCCGCCUCUUCCUCCCUCCUCCUCCUCUUCACGCUGCUGCCACGUCUCUUAUGAGCCCAGGGAGAGCGCGCUAUUGUCAUAUCUAGUGUUUUGUUUUGCCUAUGGUCCAUAAGGGAGUGUUUGGAUAAAACCAUAGAUUAGAGAUGGUUGUGAGAGGUGGUACAUAUAUGCGUGUGCUUUCAUUAUUUGGUACAAUGAAAGGGGUAGGGGGGCUAUGUUCCUCUUUGAUUUUUCCCUAUUGGACGGCAAGGAAGGUAUAUUCAGUAUGUAAAAACCUUAUUUUUAUGUGCUUUCGAGCGUGUGAAUAGGCAGAGGAAGAACAUUAUUACACCAAGCUUGAGGCACACAUUAACGCAAUGUUAUCAGCAGCGUAUGCAACGCUGCCACUCGUCACAACAGCCACUCACGUAGGGCUUUCGUAAGCCGUACCUUCAGCGAACACCAGGCCCAGCAGACGAACGCAAUUUCGAACAUUAGAGCUUUACGCUUGGAUCGAACCAAAGCUGGUCCAGAGGUCUGAUCCAUUACUGGUCUUGGAAGACUGACCCAUUAGGCUAAGUGGACUUUGACCUCCUUAAACUGGAAAAACAAUGGACUGUGCAGAGGCGACAUUAUCCCAUCCUACAAGAUUCUGAUAGGCCUAUGAUCAAAGCGAACAGAUUCUGAUGCAUAGGCCUAUAACCAAAGUGGACAGAUCAGAAACAUUCACCAUAGAGGCAGCGCGAGAUGGUCUGACUAACAAACCGAAGGAGAAUUGAAGGAGCAGGAAGCAGAAUAGCGAAGUUCAGGAGCUAAGACUCGUUCCUCAAACACAUGUGACUACACACGCGCACACACACACGUGCCUGAGCAAACGCACAGGCGAAGAACAAGACAAACUCAUUACAAGAAAUAGCCUAUAUUCGCUGUUCUUAUAAUUAUUGGGUACGGAGAUAACAUCCAUUGAUAUCUCUGAUACAGACCUAUUGUUCCCACUUUAAUCCUUUUUGCGCUACCGCUCACAGGAUGAGUAUGGGGUGAACAAUAAACUACCUGUACUACUCACUACUCAAAGGAUGAGUAUCGGGUGCAACCACUCAGAACGAGUAUGGGAUGCACAAUAAACUACCACUCACAGG